CUUUCCUUUUUCCUGUUCUAGGUAGUUCAGGCCCCAGGAAGAUGUUAUUUGCUGAAUGGACCUCCUCACGCCUCCCAACAAUGUGACUGAAUUUGUUCUCUUGGGACUCAUGCAGGAUCCACACUUGCAGAAAGUACUCUUCAUUGUCUUCCUGUUUACUUUCCUAUUUACCCUACUGGCCAAUCUGCUCAUUGUCAUUACCAUCUCCCUCAGCCCCACACUUUCAAUGCCCAUGUACUACUUUCUCAGUUAUUUGUCUGUCUUAGAUGUAUCACUCACCUCCGUCACCACCCCCAAAAUGCUCAUUGACAUGCUGCAGCAGAGGAAAACCAUCUCCAGGGGUGGCUGCAUGACUCAGCUCUUUUUGGAACACUUUCUGGGAGGCUCAGAGGCCAUCAUACUGGUUGUCAUGGCCUAUGACCGCUACGUGGCCAUCUGUAAGCCUCUGCACUACGCAACCAUCAUGCGACAGGGGCUCUCGCUCCUGGUGGUGGUGGCCUGGCUUGGGGGAAUCCUACAUGCCACUGUGCAGAUGGUUUUUGCAUUUGACUUGACCUUCUGUGGUCCCAAUGUCAUUGACCACUUCAUGUGUGACUUCUUCUCACUGUUGAAACUUGCCUGCAGCGACACCUACAGGCUUGGAGUGGUGGUGGAAGCCAACAGUGGGGCCAUGUGCUUACUCAUUUUUUUCAUGCUACUCAUCUCCUACAUAGUCAUCCUGAGCUCCCUGAAGUCCCAUGGCUCUGCGGGCCCUCACAAGGCCCUCUCUACAUGUGGCUCACUCUUUACAGUAGUGGUGCUCUAUUUUGUCCCUUCUAUCUUCACCUACAUGCGUCCUGUGGGCACGUACCCUGUAGACAAGUUGGUGAGUGUGUUCUAUUCAGUCCUCACUCCCAUGUUAAAUCCUAUCAUUUACACAGUGAGAAACACUGAGGUGAAAAAUGCCAUGAGGAGUUUGUUGAAGAGGAGAGUAACUUAG